UCUGUGCCCAGCCAACAACCGCCCCUCGCUCAUCCCUUUUGCCUGCGCCAGACCCCGUGCCGGUGCCACGCUGCUCCGAGAGGCCUCAUUCUCCAGCGUGAUUGCGCCCACACUGCUCUGGGCUUUUCUCUACUUGGCGUGGGUUGCUGCAGCAGCGGUGCCAGAGGACAGCAGAGGGAUGGCCGCGAGCGGAGCCAGGAGCCAGGAGGGCCGCCGGCGCGAGCACGCCUUUGUCCCAGAGCCUUUUGAUGGGACCAAUGUUGCCCCACACCUCUGGCUGCACCGCUUUGAGGUCAUCAGCGACCUCAACAACUGGGACCAUGUCACCAAGCUGAGGUUCCUGAAAGAGUCCCUCCGAGGAAACGCUCUGGAAGUCUACAACGGCCUCAGCCGCCAUGACCAGGGAAACUACGAGGGGCUGCGGGAGAACCUCCUGAAGGCCUUUGAGGGGUCCGGGGCUGCUCACGGCCACCUGCCGAAGGAGAUCGUCUUCGCCUUCAGCAUGGGUAAGGGCUACUACCUCAAGGGCAAGAUCGGCCAAGUGCCCGUGAGGUUUCUGGUGGACUCCGGGGCCCAGGUAUCUGUGGUGCACCCCAGCCUAUGGGAGGAAGUCACGGAUGGUGACCUGGACACCCUGCGGCCCUUUGAGAAUGUGGUGAAGGUGGCCAAUGGGGCCGAGAUGAAGAUCCUGGGCGUCUGGGACACGGUGGUGUCCCUGGGGAAGCUGAAGCUGAAGGCGGAGUUCCUGGUGGCCAAUGCCAGUGCCGAGGAGGCCAUCAUCGGCACCGACGUGCUCCAGGACCACAACGCCGUCCUGGACUUCGAGCACCGCACGUGCACCCUAAAGGGAAAGAAGUUCCGCCUUCUGCCCGUUGGGGGGUCCCUGGAGGAUGAGUUUGACCUGGAGCUCAUAGAGGAGGAGCCGUCGGAUGAAGGCCAGCAGGAAUCCUAUUAAGA